CGCAACUUCACUAGCUUCAACCACAUCGUUCAUAUGCCAUCAUGGCUGAAAUGGGUCUAUGGAUUGCCCCUCUAUCCCCUUCACAGACCAUCUUCCUCGACAAGCUUCCUCCCGAGAUCCUUACCUUGAUCGCAAAGGAAAUGGACUAUUGGACACCCCAGCUAAGCUCUCUCUGCAAGGUCAACAAGAAGUGCAACGCUGCAUGCACUUCUGCCCUCUACAGUGGCUCGUUGGAGUUCGUGGACUCAAAACGAUCCCUAAAUCUCUUUGCGGACACGAUCCUUUGCCAUCGACCAGACCUAGCCACCCUAGUGAAAGAUUUGGAGAUAUAUGGAUUGCUUGAUCUUCCAGGUCGUGGUUCAUCGUUCCUAGCGGCUCUUACCAACCUGCGUCGCCUAAGAAUCUUCGCUUCCGAGUACGAACGCUGGACUCCGUACUGCACAUUCUUCCACCCCAUCCCAAUCUUACCAGCCCUGCGUCACUUGGACCUCUGCUUCUCUCUAAACAAGGACGUGCUUGAUUUCGUUCAGUCACACUAUCUCCGCCUUUCCUCACUCUCAAUAUACACCGUCGAUGCCUUUGAUGGAUAUGACAUUCCCGCCACCGGCAUGGCAGCUGAGCUCUGCGCUCGAUAUUCCCUUCCCUUACCCGGGCCCGUAUCUCGCAUCACAUGUUCGCCAUUUUUAGCACCGAUUUUCGUCCCCGGAUCUUGCGUCAGCGCUGUUUCUUUGUGGUGGGAGUCCUGGGACGACGUCGAUAAUGCCGCAGAGACGGCAGUCCCUGCUCUCGCCCAGUCAGCCGGUCCAGUGCGCGCCGUCUCGUUCUGGUCCUACUCGUGGAAUCUCAAGUUUAUCGAACUUUCCGCGACUCAUCUUCAACAUCUGGAGUUGUUGUGGAUCGACAAUAAAGACGAAGAGCUUUCUAGUGGAGAGUUUGAAAGUGAUCCGGAAGCUUACUUUGAAGAGCUUCUCGAUACUUUGGACGAUACCCUGCCAUCAUUCAACUCAUUGAAAGUCCUUUGUUUGACCGGUCCCUACGAAGACAGGAGCAGGACACUUUACGAUGACUUCACGAUGGUCCGCGAGUGGGCAUCGCAUUGCCCAACCCUUUUGCAAUGUGUAAUUCCUCAAACCGGGACGGCGUGGAUCCGACAUCCUUCGUAUCACUUUUUCGUUCCGGAUGUGAAGGCUCGCACUGCUUUAAAUUGGAUCGACAGUACACACAACCAGUGGAUGUCUAAGGACACGAUUGCCCUGUGUUCACAGGAACUUUUUGCCGAGGAGGGUUCAGAAUUGGCAACACCGUUCUUUCAGCAAUACGAAGAUAUCGAGAAGGAUGGUAUAGCGGACGUCGUAUAUGCGUUGUGGGACAGGAUACGUGAAUUCUAGAAGCCUACCGGCUAGGUUUCUAUCAGAUGAUUGUGUCCUUACAAGCAUACGUCAUAUAUUCAACUUGAUAUGCC